GUUAUGCAGACUAGUUCGGCUAAAAUAUCCCCCUGGCAACGCAGCUCUGGGCAGAGAUCACCGGGACAAAUAGCAGCGGGCAGUUUCUGAGUCACUUCAACCCGUCCAAACGUUAAGAGUCAGCCUUGCCAAAUAAAGCACCGCGGGACGCGAGAGACGCAUUUCCUGAGGUAAACUAACUCAGACGCCUCUAAACCUAACGGCCCUCGAUGCGCUUAACCGGAGAUACGGCCGUUCACACGCCUCCUUUCGCACAUUAAAUAACUCCAUAUUCUGCCAUAACCUGGUGCUGCUACUGAGAGACGCUCUCACACACGGAGACUUGACGCUUUGUGGAUGAUUGAACUUUCUCGCUAGGUCUUUGGAUAUAUACCAUAGCCACUGACUGCAUUUACACACCGAGUGUGUCGUUUACUUGUCCUUUUUGGGAUAUACGCUUGUCUCAUUUCUAGUCUAACGCGUCUAAACUGGGUUUAGUCCAGUCAAGCCGCGAAUAUCCCAGUACUAGAGACCGUAAAGGCUGCGGAGAGCAUCAUGAGCCAGGCGGAGAUAUCGACGUGCUCGGCGCCGCAGAGAGUCUUCCAGGAGGCGGUGAAGAAAGGCAACACGAAGGAGCUCCAUUCGCUGCUGCAGAAUAUGACCAACUGCGAGUUUAACGUUAAUUCGUUUGGCCCCGAGGGACAGACAGCGCUGCAUCAGUCGGUGAUCGACGGGAAUCUGGAGCUCGUUAAACUGCUGGUGAAGUUCGGAGCCGAUAUACGGCUGGCGAACCGGGAGGGCUGGAGCGCGUUGCACAUCGCCGCUUUCGGAGGACACCAAGACAUCGUGUUAUACCUCAUCACCAAGGCCAAGUACUCCUCCGGCGCGCGGUGAUCCGGUAGAAGCACGCGUUUCAUUCUAGCGUUGUGAUCUGCCAAGCUCGAGUUCCCUUUAAACCAAAUGAGGGCUGUAGCCUUUUUCUUUCCCGUGUCAGAUCUGGCGACGAGAGGAACUGAAACGCAUGCUGUUUGGGAUGUGCGUUGGUACUAUAGCUUUUUAUCGAAUGUGUAAGUCAUCAGAUCUGGACUGCGUGGCUUUACCGGGGCUUGACCUGUUGACCUGUCCGCCUGGAGAAAUCGAGAUAGCACUUGAUGCUGUGGCUGAAUGCUGGAAUAGUUGAAAGAGGUGAACUCCAGAACGAUGACCAUCCUCUGUUUUGGCUAAACACUGUCUUUUAAUACGAACCGUAAGUCGUUUCAUCAAUCAAAUCGUGUGGCAUUGGUGACCAGUGCUGAAUUAUGUCCUCGAAAUAACAAGUGACUUAUUCCUAAGUACUGUACACAUAGCUUUACUGUGUUUUUUCUCUGUACAAGUAGUCUAUUGCGCUCUGCCUUCACCUAGCAGACGGCUUCCACAGCUUUCAGGCCAGCGCGACCCAUGUCUGUGGUUAACGUGUUACUAAAAACCGCUGCUUUCGCCUUUAUUUUUUUUAAAUAUUUUUUAAUCAAAACGUCAGGAAAGUCGCCUUUGGGACACACUUUAUAAUCUUCUUUCAGUAUUUUGAAUUAACACCCUGGUCAUCACUGUGAAUACAGGCUGGGUUUGUCUUUUUAUUUAUGAAGGUACAUUAAGAUGAUGCAUUUAAAUUAUGUUGUGGUUAUUUUUUAAGACUAUAGCCUAAGUGUAAAAGUAUGUAGGGUGACCUAAAGCUGCUUCGGACUUGUUACAGGCUAAACUGUCCCGUGUGGAGAUUCCGCGCCAAGGCCACCCACGUGUACACUUUUUUUUUCCCGGGAAAUGCGUCCCCUUCCACUUUUAUUCUGGUUCUCUGCAUCAGCUACCUCGACUUGAAAGUAUUCGACAAUAUCAUAUGCUCUCUUUCUCAAGCCUUCUACUUAACUGUGCUCAGUUACCCACUAGUGCUCGUUUGAUUUGUUCAACAGAAUCAGUUGGACCUGCUUGGGUCAUUUUACUUGAUGGUUUCUUACUCUCAUCCCCUUUUUUUUUGUUUUUUGUUUGUUGCAAUCUUCACUCGGGACAAUUUAUCUCCUUGAACCAAAAUUAAGAUCCAUUGGUUAUUCAAA